AUGUUCCACGACAUUCUGAUGGCCUUGGCCGGUCACCCCGGCGAGCUAAUAGUAGCGAAACCCGGAGAAGGCGGUGGAUUCGCCGUUGCCGACGGGUGUCAAGGGAUAUUGCACGCCGAACGCAGUGUCGUCAACUCGAUCGUGGCAAUCGGUUACAAAUACCGCUGCCUGGAAGAUUUUGUGAGAUCCGUGAAGGAUGCAGAGCACAACUACACGCUCUCCUUACUUUUGGGGGACGAUGUGGCAUAUCGCAAUAGGCGCAGUGGCGUCAAAGUCCGUGGCCAGGCACGCGGCGACGCCCAGACGAAGGAAUCAGAUUGCGUGCCGGAAUACCGUGGCAACUAUUUGGGCGCCAUGUGCGCCGGUAUCGAGGAGUACCUGCAAGAGUAUAGAUCGCACCUGGUCACCGUCGAAAAAACAGUCCUGGCUGACCCGUGCCUACCGCUCAGUACGCUGUCGUUGCUCAUGGCCGAGCAGAAGCAGAUAAUUGAAGCACUGGCGAGCAUUGUGCGAACAUAUCGUGACAUGGUUCAGCGUAAGGUAGACGAGCGCAAACCGGGAGUUUUGCGCGUCGACGAGAUGCUGUGCAUGCUGCAGUCCACGGCAGGCGGAGCCACCGUGCGCAAAGUGCGGCAGUCGCUCUACAACCGGUGCCUCAACCUUUUCAAAAAGCAGCUGAGGAAAUGGAUCUGCAAUGGCCAGCUUUCGAAUCACCACGACGAGUUUUUGGUGUGCCGCCGAAGAACCACUCCUGACACCGGUGCUUCUGGUGGACACGCACCGCAUGGGGAUAUCAGCAGUAGCUUCGGUUAUGAGCACCUACGUCAGAAUGUGAGUGAUAAGGCUGCUGAAUUCGAGUGGACAUUCGUGUUCUACCUGAGUACAGGGGAGCCCAAGUGGCCGGUAUGCUCAUAUCAGACGUGGCAAUCAAUCCUCUUUUUGGGUAAAGCCGUGCGCAUGCUCAUUCGUCGGUACGGCAACGAAAGUCAGUUGGAGGCGCAGUGCCGACAUGUUUUCGACGAUUGGGAGAGCAACUGUGAUUCCGCGGCGGCAUUCGAAGAGGCCAUCGAAAAAUAUCGCAUUUGGGUUGCCAGGGCAUUCUGGAUUUACGUGAACGAAACUGUUGACGUAUCUGCCUUAAUUGAUACCUUCAGGCACGUAUACUUCCUGGGCCACCACGACCUCUACGACGACCUCAUGGAGAGAUCGUGGUUCACCAUGCAAACGCCGCGUAACUUGGCGUCCUGCACCGACCUCAAGCAGAAGGUGCGCAGCAUGAUGUCAUACAAAUUGGACAGCGCUCCUUCCAGUCGCGCAGACCCGCCUGCUGCAGAUUGUAUGGACACCGAUCCAGCUGAGAUGAACGGCGGUCACAACGACAAAAAUGAGGAUGCAUUCGCUAUCACGCAAGGCGGCAGUGUCGCACGCAGCCGUGCAGGCAAACCGAUGUUCGAUUUCCGACAGCGCACAUAUCACUUCAACAUGAGCCGUCGGCGGUGGAUCGACAAUGAACUUGUGCUGAACGUCAGCGAAAAACGGCUGGAGGAGCCCAUCUCGGGAUCGGUGGAGGCCUCAGCUGUCUGGUUCGAGAACCGCGUGCACGUGGCCAACGGGUUCGAGUGCGGGUUGCGGCUGGAGCUGAGCCAGCUGGAGGCUGCCUACAUGUAUACCGAGGAGAAAAUGCGCGGCAAGACUUUGGGCAGGUUCUGCAGGUUCGCCGUGGUGGUGCAGUGCACGGUGGACCCCGUGCGGCUGAGUUCCACUGCACUUGAUCAGGGGCUGCCCGCCGUUUUGCGAGACUACUUCGCCGUGGAGUUCGUGGUGGAUUAUGACAACGUUGCGAGUGACGACGAGUCGAUCCUGGUCAAGGGUGCAGUGAAGCUCGUCGGCGACUGCGUGUCGGCGUUCGUCGGCGGGGCCAAAAUGGCCGAGGCGCAGCGCGGGAUGCUGUGCAUCAACGAGGGCCAACACAGGUUCAACCUCACUGACGGAAGCAGGCUCGAUUUCCAGUUCAUAGUUAGGCUCAAAAUGACUCGCAAACGUCUCUACGCGGAACUUCAGCACCCGGCCUCGGGUGACAGCCUGAUCUUGGAGACCGACGUGCUGGACACGUCCCACCUGCUGCCGCACGAAUUCGGCGACGCGUACCUUGGGCUGAUGUCCUACAACGGUGAUGGGAGUGCAGGUGGCGCAACAACGAGUGUGUUGAAACGGAACUGCGCGAUUCGGGUGUCAGAUUGGGACUACCUGGGGUGCAUGGCAGCGUACGACAUAGCGCCCCUGGGGGAGAUUGACGGCCCGCCGACCCACGAGGAUUUUCACAAGGAGCUGCCCGGGCUGCGCAUGCUGGAGUUCGAAAGCGGGAUCAACGACUGGAUCCACGCCACCAUGGCCUACUGCUGCGCAUGGCCCGUCACCAUACUGCUGGACCUGCCGACAAUGCUCUGCUACAACAGCGUAUUCCAGUUUAUAUUACUUAUUCGUCGCUGCGUCUACGGCCUCGAGAGCCUGUGCCACCUCCACCCACUGAUGAGGCGGUUCGGGGUAAAUGGGAAGGCCUCCAAGCUGCCCUCCUCCUACAUACAACAGUGCGUGGUGGAGGGGUCUUGCAGGCAAAUGCGCGCCGUCCUGGGGCACACCGGCACGUUCCACGAGAUAAAGGCGGCACAUGAUCAGUACCUUUCGCACGUCGCUCUAAACUGCUUCCUCGACCAGCGUCACGUGUUGGAGCCGCUGCUGCAGUGCGCAGACGCCUCCCUGAAGUUCGCCACCCUGUGCUAUUGCGCAUUCAACGGCAGCAGCGAUGUGGACUACGGGGUCGUGGUUCCAAAACUCGGCGAAUUCAGUGCCACUUUUGAGCACAACAUGACACGCGUGUACGAGAGGCUCCUGUUGCUGUCGAACGAUGCCAAGUACAGCGCCCUUGGCACGUUCGUAGAGAUGUGCAGUUUCGCACGCCACCGGUGA